AUGUCCCUGGCGCCACCGUCGUUGCAUGGCUUGGUCAAAGUCAAGGAGCUGUCCAAUACGAACCUGAUACCCACUCUCUCUGCUUCAGCAUCGCUUCCUCAAGGGCGGGAUAUCACGGUAACAUGUCAAUCGUAUGCUGACCGUCUUUUGGUCAGCGUGACACAGUAUGGGAAAAUGGGUUGCCUGAUUCAAGCGCAGACACAUAUAGGGUCGUCGUAUGCGGAGCCAGUGCCGUGGCAAGACGAUGCUCCUUCAUCUGCCCCCCUUCAGCCUACUGUAUCCCUGGUACCUUUGUUUGGCACACCCCCACCUGAACUACAAGAUGUAUAUUCUCUCUAUGCUACUCACAUUGCUACACGUAUUAGCCAAGAUCUGAUCGGUCCCUCUGCGGAUCUUCCAUCACAAAGCCGCUUGAAACCUAUUAUUGUGGCCUUGGCUCUAGAACGAUCACCGACAAAGGAGGAAUGGGAUAUGUCAACAGAAAGAGUGCGUCUGGAUCAAGUGAUGCAGUUGCUAGCGCAGUGCCGUGUUUGGUAG